AUGCUCCUAGUUUCUCUUUGGGAUUCACUCAACAAGAAAACCCCAUUGCAGGAGGGUCGUCUUAUGCUGAGAUGCGUAGCAAAAAAAAUCAAUGAUCCAAGAAGGAACAAACAACAUCAUGAUUCUCAUGAUGAUAAAGAAACAAAGAGGAAACAGUCAGCACCAGAUAAAGAAGUUUCUCAAGUGCCGCUACAGAAGAAGAGAAAGGUUACCAAGAAUGUUACUGGAGGCAAGGGCAAAAACGAAGUUCUGAAGAAACCUUCAAUUGAUGUAGAAGACGAUGGAGAGGAUUCUAGAUUUUUUGUCACGAAGCAGCCUGCUGUGGCCCCAUCUAUGCAAAGAUACACGAACGUCAAUGUAAUCAGUGACAUUAGGGGUAAACAAAAGGGGGCUGGUCAGAUGGACAAGUUUGCAGACUCUAUUUUUGGAAAAUAUCUCAGAAUGCAGCAUAUGGAUGUACAAGCACAGUUGUUAAGGUGCUUCAUGGUUAAAGAGCUUAAGGGAAGUACAUACGAGUGCUUUACAUUUGAAAUAAAUGGAAAAGUAUUGCGUUUUAGCAUUAGAGAAUUUGCACUAAUCACUGGAUUGAAUUGUGUCUCCGACGCAACUAAGUUUGUAUACGAUAAAACGGAAAAAAAUAGGCUUAUGGAUGAUUAUUUGGGUGGAACAUCUGAUCACAUCAAAAGGGGGCAACUGAUUGAGUAUUUCAACAAUACAGAUUGGGAGGACAAAGGCGAGGAUGCAGUCAAGAUGACCAUAUUGUAUUUUAUAAAUACAUUCGUAUUCUGCGGUGAGCCUGUUCGAUCGAACAUACCUAGGAUACAUUUUGACGUUGUAGAGGAUGGGAGAUAUGUUGAUUAUCCUUGGGGCAAAGAGUCCUUUAAAGAGUUGGUUACAAGCAUCAGUCAGAAAUAUGCCAACUUCAAGCAAUAUUAUAGGAUUCACGGAAUGCCAAUUGCCAUGCAAGUUUGGCUGUAUGAAUCUUGUUCAAAAGUCCCAUCCAAUAUUUCAAUUAAGUCGGGGAAUUUAAUUCCAAGAAUAUUGAAUUGGCGGACUGUUGAAGAAAGACCGAAAUUUGAUGCUUUGAUGGAAGGCAUGUUUAGAGAUGACAUACACCCGAUUUGUACUUUUGAUGAUGUUGUUCCAACCACUGCUGAGUUGGAACGACUUAAUUUGCCUCCUGUUGUUUCACAAGCUAUCCCCAACCCAACAGACGGAGUUGAAGUUGCCGAAGGCAACGAGAUGGUUGAUGAUGACUAUGAUGACUUCAGUACCACACCACCACACAAUGUAAGGGGUAAACAGCAACAGCGGUCUGCCGUAUCUGAUUCACCGCCUCAUAAGAAACGCAGACGGGUUUCAGUUACAUAUUCUACUGCUAGGAAACAACCAGCCCGGAACGAACCACUCACAACAUCGAAGGACGCUUCGACGUCAAGGCAUCGUGAUGUCCAAACAGCCACCAAAACUGAUGAGGUGAAACUGCUCAGACAGGAGUUUCAAGCUUUUAAGAACGAUGUAUCUGCUCAGUUUACUGAGCUUAACAAGUCCAUGGAUGAUAUUCGCAAGUUCAUCGAUGACAACUUCAAAAAGGUUGUUGAGGCAAUAAAGGGAAAUCAAACCUCAGAAAAGGCUACCGAUAGUGAAGCUCCGGUAAAUCAAUACGAGGUUGACAUACAAUACUCGCAUGAAUUCAAUCAAGAACAACAAUAUGCCAAAGAGACAUCAACUGUCAAAGAUGGUAUCGAUGAAAAUAAGUUGGCAGGCACAAUGUUAACUGGCGAUGUUUCUGGUGUUGGAAUGCGCCGAAGUAGACAAAGUGGGGAUACUUUAAAGGCUUCAACUGAAGAGAUUCAAGGUAGCGGUGAAACACCCCCAAAGCCAACACAACCACAGGGUGAGGCAGUCAUUGUGCAUACACAUGUGCCGGUUCCGACUGUGCAACAAGGUGGGGUAAAUGAUAAUGCAGAAUUUAGUGCAUCAGAGCAAAUGGUAGCAGAGUUGCUAAUCCAGUGUCCUCUUGCCACCGUGAUUCCAUUUGGCCCCCCUGCAAUACAAGUUAAUGAUCAAUCUGAUCCCUACAUGUUUAAGACCCCUCAGAGCAGCAAAGUUGAGAAUAUUGUUCCAAAUUCUCAAUGGUUAAUUCUUGAUGAUGAAUUACCCAGCCAACUUGGAGUACAACCAACAACGGGGCAAGGUUCAGUGGCUGAAAUAGCACAACCUUCAAUCGAAAAUACUGAACACCGAAUGUUGUCCACCCAAGCAUUGUGCGAGAUAGGAAACCCAGCAAAUACACUGUGUCCCCUUUCAUGCCAAAUUACAGCUCAGCAGGAUCUUCUGCAAGGUCUUCUGUCCCUAUCAAAUUUGAAAAGAAGCACCCCUUUGUAUAACAUCCAAUAA